CGAGAAUAGAGCCAGGAGCUAAAUUUGUGCCUGUGUCUGAUCUGGGGCAUUUGAAGCCAUCAGCAGCCAGUCCAGGAGGUGCCCUUCUGCCCAGCAAGAACUUGCAAGACGGCCAUGUCCCACCGGAAGUUUUCAGCCCCUCGGCACGGCCACCUGGGCUUCCUGCCCCAAAAACGGAGCCGCAGGCACCGGGGGAAGGUGAAGACUUGGCCCCGGGAUGACCCCAAGAAACCAGUACAUCUCACGGCCUUUCUGGGCUAUAAAGCUGGCAUGACCCACACCCUGCGUGAAGUCCAUCGGCCUGGACUCAAGGUGUCCAAAAGGGAGGAAGUAGAGGCUGUAACCAUUGUGGAGACCCCACCUGUGAUUGUGGUAGGAAUUGUAGGCUAUGUGGCCACUCCUCGGGGCCUUCGGAGCUUCAAGACCAUCUUUGCAGAGCAUCUUAGCGAUGAAUGUCGCCGCCGCUUCUACAAGAACUGGUACAAGAGCAAGAAGAAGGCAUUCACCAAGGCCUGCCAGAAAUGGCGAGAUGAAGAUGGGAAGAAGAGGCUGCAGAAAGAUUUUGCCUCCAUGAAGAAGUAUUGCAAGGUCAUCCGUGUCAUUGUCCACACCCAGAUGAAACUGCUGCCAUUCCGGCAGAAGAAGGCUCACAUCAUGGAGAUCCAGCUGAAUGGCGGUACCAUAGCUGAGAAGGUGGAAUGGGCGCGAGCACGGUUAGAGAAACAGGUGUCCGUGCACACAGUCUUCAGCCAGAGUGAGGUGAUCGAUGUGAUUGCAGUUACAAAAGGCCGGGGCAUGAAAGGGGUCACUAGUCGUUGGCAUGCCAAGAAACUCCCACGAAAAACUCACAAGGGACUGCGUAAGGUGGCCUGUAUUGGGGCCUGGCAUCCUGCGAGGGUAGGCUACUCCAUUGCUCGAGCUGGCCAGAAAGGUUACCAUCACCGGACAGAACUCAAUAAGAAGAUCUAUCGAAUUGGCCAUGGGAUCCAUGUGAAAGAUGGGAAAGUGGUUAAGAACAAUGCAUCUACCAGCUAUGACGUGACAGACAAAUCCAUCACUCCCCUGGGGGGCUUCCCACACUAUGGUGAAGUAAAUAAUGACUUCGUGAUGCUGAAGGGUUGCAUUGCUGGGACCAAGAAGCGUGUCAUCACUCUCCGAAAGUCCCUCCUGGUGCACCGAAGCCGGCGGGCUCUGGAAAACAUUGAGCUAAAAUUCAUUGAUACCACCUCAAAGUUUGGACAUGGAAGAUUCCAGACAGCUCAGGAGAAGAGAGCCUUCAUGGGUCCCCAGAAGAAACACCUGGAGAAGGAGAAGACAGAAGCAGCAGCAGAGGACCUAUGAGGCAGAAGAAGCCAGGCAUCCAGAGUAGGACCUUGGCUUAAUAUUUCCUUCCCCAGAAAAGACAGCCUCUCAUCAAUAAAGGAGACUGUUGGGGAAAAUUCAAUAA